AUGCGGGUGCGGGUUACGGGCACGGGCGCGGGACGAACCCGCCAGGGCUCGCGAGCACACGCCCGAGGCGUGGCCGCGGCCAAGGCGCGCCGCCGGCGAGCAAGGUGCGGCGGGGCGGGGCCUGCGGCGGCCGAAGGCGGGAGGCGCCGCGGGGCGCAUGCGGGCGGUGACGGGGCGAGGCCCGCCCGGGCACAGGGGAUGGCCGCGGGGCGAGGGCGGUCCCCGGCGGGGCGCAGGACGGCGGCGACCCAGGCGACUGCGGGCACGGCCAGGUGCGGGGCGCGGCACCGCGGGGCAGAGGCCGAGCCCCGGGGAAGCCGGUCGCGGAGAGGCGGAGGCGAAGCAGGGGCGGCCGCGGGCGUCGUCGGGCGCGGGCGACGGGCGCCGGGGCGCCCGAACUGGACGCGGCCAGUCGAGGCCACGGCGAGGGGGGGGGCGCUGGCCGCGGCGGGGCGCAACGGAGGAGAGCGCGGAGCGGCCGAGCCGGGGCAGGGGGAGAGGAGUGGGGAGCGCUCACUGGGGGUGUAG